UUGCGUGAUGCGUUCUGCGCGACAAGGGCAUUGGAAGAUAGAAUGACAUUUGAGUCACAUUACAUUAGAUUACUUCACAUUUCAAAAACAUUAAAUACAUCCAAAUUAAAACUCCGGACUCGUGGAUUGCCAUCAUAGUAUUUGGUCGUUGCUAAACUGGCUCAAUGCAAUUUCGAUCCAAUUGGCUUCUGACUCAGGCAGACUACGGUAUUACAGUACCGUUAAAAACUCUUUCAGUUAAUUUACCGCUGGUAUUUGCAAGAGCCGAACCGCAUAUCUUCUCUUUUAUAGAUACAGAGCGCCGGGGGAAAGGGAAGUACUGGAUGUCCGGUUUGGGAUUUAGAGAAAAACUUCAAGAUAAAGAGUUGUUUUUUUCUCUGAGAGUGGGAUGGUGCUGAUCUUGUGACUGUCAGAGUUGUCCCCAACCCCCGUCCCUUGGUGAUAAGGGUGUCUUCUGCCCCUCUGGUGACCGGGGUUACCCCAGCCCCCCGGCUUUGAAUGGCUGCAUGUAGAGGAGGCAUUGGUCUGUGGGUGGGGUGUUUGAGAAACCAUGGCAACAGACCACCGUUUAAGUGGUUGCAGUGCUGGAGUCUCGCACAGGCAUUGGAUUUGCAGUGGCAUGCCCAGAACCGGUCUUUGAGCAGCACAUCAUGGGCCCUGGUUCCCCCCAACGGUCUUAGGUACCAGAACAUCAAGCAGCCGGCCUUGUCGCACCCCUUCCACCAUGCCAGCCAGGGCCAGCCCCAAAGCCAAAGACCCCCAGUCCUUGACGAGGACUGGGAAGAGACCGUCAGCCUGUGCGUGCUGGUGCGACCAGGACUUGGGGAGUGUGAUGGCCAGCACACCCUGGUGGAGGUGCCUCUGUUUGGGCAGACUAAAUUAGGUGAGCUCUUGGCUCCAGUAGGACUCAGUAGGCCUGUGGAGUUCCUUUUUCCCCUGACCACGGUGGACGGGAGCCGAGAAGAUGACAUCAGCGUUGGAACGAAGACGGUUCAAGUGGGAGGUGCAGAAACAACGAUAAACAAGGGAGGGACUGAAACAGAAAAGAGGGAGAGAGGAUCGUUCCGGAGCCUAUUCGAGGCAGAAGGCUGCCCCGCUCCAUUCAUGUACGGAUCUAGAUUCUACUGCUUCCACUGUCCUGGGAUGGAGCCUAACCCUGGUUACGGGGACAAAUUAGGCCAUGUGAAUGGACUAGAUAAGGAGCUGUCGCUGUUUCUCCCCAACUCUCUGUAUAGCUAUGCAGAGAGAAAGACAAUGGAGGGGAGUCACAGUGACAAGGAGAUGGAGGAUGAGGAGAAACUGGCCUUGAUGUACGAAAAGCUGAGGAUUGAGCUUCCAAGUUUCUUCAUACAGAGUCAUGACUACACCAUGUACACAAAUGAUAUUGAGUUCGUCAACUGCAUUAUAAAUACCAAAACCAGGGGCAGAAUUGUGUACCAGCUGAGCCUGUCCCUGUGGAGGCUAAUGUGUCAGUGUUACUAUGCUGAUGCCCGGUUAGAGGUGCUCAAGUUGACCAAGCACCCAGAGGACAGGAGCAUCAAGGCCAGGUGGAGGGUCCGAGGAUUGCCCUUUCUGUCUCUGCUGCUGAGGUUCUACCGCAAGGACAAAACUGACCUCUACAGGUCAUACGAUGCUUUCUCUACCUUCUACAUUGGUCAUGAUGGACUCAUACACUGCCACAAAGUGGAGAAAGUGAUGAAGGCCCAGCCUCCCAUCCUGCCUAGAGUGACCACCCUGUUAGCGGGGGCACUAGUGGCUCUGGGUGUCCAGGAGCACAGGCCGGCCCUCAACCUCCUACCCCCCCUGCUCUCUUCCCUCCGACAAGGCAGGGACUGAGUGAUGCAGGGAGAAGGGAGUGCGGGGGGGGUUGACAAUGGGAAGGAGACAGCGGGACAGUCAGACACGCCGGAACAUACAUGGCAGACAGACGCAUACACAGACAGACACAUUGACCGACUGCCAGACAGACACAUAGAGAGACAGACGGACACAUAGAGAGACAGACAGUCAGACGGACACAGACAGACUAACAGAAACACAGAUCAGUUGGUACGGAGCUGUAAUGCGGUUCUCCCUGACCCUUAUCACAGUGGGCUCUCUCUCUUGUACACCUCAGAAAAUAAAUAUAAAAUCCAUUGAAAUGUUUCACCUCCACAGCUUUUCAUUUGAAGUCAUUAACUCUCUGGACCUCCAAAACAGUAGAGUAGAAACUACUGCUUUAGUUAUGCAAUCCAGCAAGUCUUGUCAGUACCUUGAGUUAGUCUACGCACAAACAAAUGAAUGCACUGAGUGACUGCUUGUCUACUUGUGAUGUUUAACCACUUCCUGGGGCUGGAGGUUCCUACUGUGCAUAGCCCACUGCUUAUAAAAUAUCAGAUGAAUGGCAUAUAUUAUCUUCACUUUGCUCUGAGAAGACACCGUCAAAUGCUUAAAACAAACAUUGUAAAAAAAUAAUAAUUGAUGUUCACUUCAAAUUUCAUUUUAAAGUUCAAUAGUUUGAGCAUUAUGGGAAAUAAUUCAUUUGUGUGAGUUUGCUUGGGAACUAGGGUUUAAUGGGCACAUGUUUGUAACUGGUUGAGGGGCUGUUAUCCAUCACCACUGGCCAUGUCUUUUUGUGGAUCUUGUUUGAGAGACUCUUGGAUCUCUGCCUGUGCCUGUGUAGAAGGGGCAAAUCCAUUCAAUGGGAUAACUUCAUGCCAUACAGAUGACAAUACGGAUGCGUGACGUUGUUUGUCUGCCUAUCUCUGUACAAACCACUAAAAUACAUUUAUUUUAAAGUGUGCACGUGGAUCUCGCAAUACUUAUUUUUAAGUGUCUUAAAUCAAGUUUCUUCAUUGUGGAGAUGUAACACCUUAGCUUCAUUACAACCUUCGUCCUGCCCUGAUUGAACACGGGUCCAUUUUGGAUGGCAAACUGGCUGUCAGGAAGUGGAGGAAGAAGCUGCAGACUGCCCAGCCUGCAGUAAAUGUUUAACACAUCAUCCUCUUAUGUCUCUGAGAGUGCAACAGAUUUGUUGAACCAAUAGGAUUCAGGAUUCAGUGUGUGGAACAUAUUUGGAAUUGACUGUUUGGGACUAACGCUUCCUUAUUUUCUGAUAAGAAAACAAGUGACUUGAUUGAAUUUGAAGACUUUCAGUUGUAACAGUAUAUACUUAUUAAGGACCUGUAUGUAUAACCAGAAUGUUACCUUCCACUGUAUUUCUACAGUAUGUUUCAGCUGACGACUUGUAUUUGUUUUUACAAAUUGGGUUACAGAGCGUGCCAUGUGUUAGACCUAGCAUAUAUGUGUAGGCAGAACCACGAGAUAUAGAACAUUUGGCUUUACAAUCCUGGAAGACUGUGUGUGUUAAAUUUAGUUCACCGUGAAGCUGUGACUCUGAGCCAAUCUAUCAGUUAUUUAAUUAAAUUCAACACACCUGCUCUUUCUGACUGGUUAAAUCAAAUAUUGGCACUUCCUUAUCCAGCCCUAAUGUUAACAUUCAGCAAUACCUUUACUUGAAAGGGCAAGGCCUUCAAGUAAAGGAAAAAGAAAAUAAUUCUAAUUAUACAUACCUUCUGUGUCGUUUAAGACUUCAUAUGUAUUUAAUGUUUUACUGUGCCGAGACCUGGCUCUAAGGGCCAGAUUCAUCCCAUACGCCCCGUCCUGCUGUGUAUGAUACUAGUUAUGUUCAUUUCUGAAAACGUAUUGGGUUUAAUUACAACCUGUGGUAUGAAACCUGGCUAUUUAUGUGAAUAAAACAAUCUAGUGAUUUU